AUGAAGUUUGCCAAGGAGCUCGAGGACACGGCCAUCCCGGAGUGGAGGGGAAGCUAUUUCGACUACAAAACCGGCAAAAAGAGACUCAAGGCACUCGCAAAGGCAUUGAAAAAUGCGCCUAGGCGUGAGACACACCACCCGGAUCUUCCUCUCGUGCGAAAGAAUAACAAUGUCACUCCCGCGACCUCCGCUCAUCCGGUUUCUGGUCUGGUCGACGAGCUUAGUCCGCUUCAGCCCAAACAAGAACAGCAAGGUGAACGUCCAGAGAAGCAGCGGAUGGCCAGCUACGGCUCAAUCAUUGGCAGUCCCUCAAACAGCCCGGCAACUCGGCCCAAGAGCAAUAUCACUCUCGUACCUACUCUAGAACUUCCAGGUCCGGCUGCCCGUACGAGCGAAGACAUUGAUCGUUCGCGCUCCGCCAGUCUCAAGUUACCCGCAUGGCCAUCUCCCUCUGUGCAUCCAUUCGGGCGAGCAGCGUCCUCUCAGCUGGCACAUACUGGCAAUGCAUAUGAGAUUCGCUCCCCCAAAGAUCGUCCCGUGGAGGGUGGGGAGGCACCGCCUCGUGGCUCCUUGCGCUUUCGUAAUUUGCUUCCCAAUCGCACAAAUUCUAUGCCUCUUCCGCAUGGGCUAUYCGCUACAGAAAGCUCCUCUCCAAAAAAGCACCGCGACGACAACGACGUUGCUCUUGAGACCUAUAAAGAAGCCGACUUUAGAGAGGCCGAGUUCUUCUUAUUUCUGGACAGGGAGCUCGGCAAGAUCGAGAAGUUCUACAAAGCCAAAGAGGAUGAAGCCCAAGAUYAACUCGUCGCCAUCCGUAAACAGCUCCACAUCAUGAGAGAUAUCCACAAGGCAGAGAGGGAAGCUUACGGUCAGCGGCACCGGGCUGGUGAUGCCGAAUCGCAAUUGUCCAGUCGCGAGCCUGCAGAUCGACGCAGCAAAGAAAGCCAGAGUAUCCUGAACCAAUACAUGACUCGUCCGUUUGUCAGAUCGCUAGACCUGGCCUCAGAGGCCUUUGAUAGGCUUCGUCCUGGAAAUGCUGGGAAGCCGCCGACACCGCAGGCCAUGGAAAAUCUUGCUACCCCCGACGACAGCAACUGGAACCCAAACCCCGACCAACGCGAUUAUCAUCGGAAGGCUCUGCAUGAUGUUCCCUACAGAGAUGCUAAAAGAAAGAUGAAACGUGCACUAGCCGAACACUAUCGAUUCCUGGAGCUCCUCAAAUCCUACGCCGAGGCGAAUCGUAAGGCCUUUCGCAAGAUCAACAAGAAGUACGACAAGACUGUCAAUGCAAAGCCUCCGCAGCGUUAUAUGAACGAGCAGGUGGCCAAAUCAUAUUUCAAUACAUCUGACGAGGUGGAUUUGAUAAUGUGGCAAGACGAAGACAUUUACGCUCGCUAUUUCGAGAAGGGAAACCGCAAAGUUGCCAUCAGCAAGCUGCGAGCAAAGAAGCGCAAUGAGGAUGCGCAUUCAGGUGCYAUAGUCAGGGCAAGUGCACUGCUUGGGGCUGGAAGCGUUCUCUCGCUCUUGGGUGUCAUCGAGGGAGCGAAUCUUUUAAAUUCGCGGGACUCGACAAAAGCGACGCAGACCUCGUUCUUGUUACAACUCUAUGGCGGCUACUUUCUCAUGUUUCUUCUGGCCAUGUUCUUCGCUUUGUGCACUCGAGUGUACACUGCCAACAAAGUCAACUUCCAAUUCGUGUUUGAGCUGAACCGGAGACACGCUUUGGGCUGGAGGAAAAUUUUGGAAAUUCCGUCUUGGUUUUUAUUCUUACUUGGACUGGUAAUGUACCUCAACUUCAACGUCCAAGCCGGUGGAGAAACUUUUUAUCGAUAUUGGCCUGUGGUGCUUAUAGGUGUCGCCGUUGUGAUCCUCUUCUUUCCUGCUCCCAUACUGUACCACCGUGCCCGCAGGUGGUUCCUCUAUUCAAUGGCUCGUCUUAUUGCCGCCCCAUUCCUUGAGGUGGAGUAUCGAGAUUUUUUCCUUGGAGACAUGUUCUGUUCCCUCACCUACGCCAUGAGCGGCAUCGAGAUAUUCUUUUGCUUAUACGUCAACGACUGGGACCAGCCGGCACGGUGCACUUCAUCGCACAGCAGGAUCCUUGGCUUCUUGACUACGUUGCCGGCUAUUUGGCGUGCGUUACAGUGUCUGCGCCGCUACUACCCCACGCGAAAUAUCUUCCCGCACCUGGCCAACUUCGCGAAAUACGCGUGCACGAUACUGGUGUAUGUGACCUUAUCGCUGUACCGUAUAAAUCGCACUACGGAGACGAAAGGCCUUUUCAUGGGGAUUGCAAUCAUCAACAGCGUUUUCACCUCUUUAUGGGACAUUCUUAUGGACUGGAGUCUGGGUGACUUCGAAGCAAAACACCGCGGGCUGCGAAAGACUUUGGCUUAUCGUGAUCACAUAUGGUGGUACUAUGCUGCCAUCCCGGUCGAUGUCAUCCUACGGUUCAACUGGAUCUUUUACAUUAUAGUCCCGCUGGGCAGCCAGCACUCUACCAUCACCUCGUUCCUGAUCGCCCUGUCAGAGGUGUUUCGAAGAGGGAUAUGGACCGUCUUCCGUGUCGAAAACGAGCACUGUAGCAACAUUAGAAAUGAGAAGGCGAGCAAAARGUUGCGCCUUCCCUACAAGCUGCUCGAUAAUUACGACGAAGAGCAAGGUGUUGGCAACGCCCAUUCUGACGCUUCUAGCGAGGACCACACAUCGGACACUGCGAACAUGGACGACAAGCAAGUCCCGAUGCGCGAUGACGGAAUACCUCGAAGUGAUUUGGACAACAGCCUGGACAACAAAUCUCCCUCGAAGAAAUCUCCAAUGCCUCUGCGAUCUACAACAGAAGCAUCACAAUCUCCUCGUCUGGAUCGCAAUGGCAAGUCAACAAGAUCAACAGGCAACAGCGCUUCGAAUGCGUCAGGUCAGGGCGCGCUUGGRGCUGAGAACGCCGGCAAUCUUGGCCUGCACAGACAAUCAACGACAGAAAGUGCCAACUCCUUGCGGCGGCGACAACUCCAGGGAAGUAACAGCGGCAGUGGCGGAACGGCAAACUCGCCCAUUGUCAGUGCGUUGCACCGUGUGGGCAAUACGCUGCGGACUGCUCAUGAACAAGAUUUUGCCAGGAAGAAUCCUGAGACUGAUGGGGCAGAUGACAGUUUAGAUGAUGAGGAUGACGAGGACGACAGCGAUGACGAGUAG